GAAAUAACAUCAUGAGUGCGAAAAGGCCUGAAAUUCAAGCUCCUCCAGAAAUAUUUUACAAUGAUGAGGAAGCAAGGAAAUAUACAUCAAAUACACGUAUGAUUGAUAUCCAAAAUCAAAUGACUGAAAGAGCUUUGGAACUUUUGGCAUUGCCCGAUGAUCAGGAUUGCUUUUUAUUGGACAUUGGAUGCGGCUCAGGGCUGAGUGGUGAAGUCUUAACAGAGCAUGGACAUCACUGGAUUGGUUUUGAUAUAAGUUCUUCUAUGCUUGAUAUUGCAGUUGAACGGGAAGUUGAAGGUGAUUUAUUGGAAUUGGAUGCUGGAAUGGGUGUUCCAUUUCGACCUGGAACAUUUGAUGGUUGUAUAAGCAUUUCUGCAUUGCAGUGGCUUUGUAAUGCUGACAAAAAGUGGCACAAUCCAGUGAAAAGACUCCAUCAAUUUUUUAGCUCCCUCUACACUUCAUUGAUUCGUGGUGGAAAAGCUGUUUUUCAAUUUUAUCCACAAAACCCAGAUCAGGUUGAAUUGAUUACUUCGCAAGCCAUGAGAGCUGGUUUUACUGGAGGUGUUGUUGUUGAUUACCCAAACAGUACAAGAGCAAAGAAAAUGUUUUUGUGCUUAUUCGCUGGAGUUUCAUCAGCCACUUUACCUAAGGGUCUUGGAUCAGAAGGUUCUCACAAUACUGUUAAUUACACCGGCGUAAGAGAGAGAAACAAUAAUCAUGAUAGAAAAGGAAAACCUCUGAAGAAAAGUAAAGAAUGGAUUGCUAUGAAAAAAAAUCGGAAGAGAAGACAGGGCAAGGACGUACGAGCUGACUCAAAAUAUUCAGGAAGAAAGCGAAAAGUUCAUUUUUAAAAAUAGGUGCCAGGAAAAUAAGGAGCAAAUCUAAUCAAACAUCUUCAUCAGAGUGAUUACCUGGUAGCUGUAACAUUAAAAUUCAGUCAUCGCAGACAUCAAGCCUAUUUCUACGAAAGGUGGAACAACAAGAUGAUGCCAAAUGUCUUUUUAACGUAAAGUUUUAACCGAAUUACUAUAUUUUUAUGUAUUGAAAUAAUUAUUUGGGCAAAUGUAUAUCUUUUAAAGGAGUAGUAAUGAACUGUAAAACCUGAGUAUAUAUCUAUUUGAAACGGAUAGCCUCAUUCUUGUCA